AAAUAAAGGACUAGCUCUCAGUGUGACUUAAAUAAACAGAGCCACUCUGAGGAAAGUCGAAAAUGGAGCUGAUGGGAUCCACUCUGACAGCCACUUAUGCUCGGCCAAAAACCAGCCACUUCCUCCCUGCUAUUUCUACUAUGGCAUCCAGCUAUCGCAACACCCAGCCAGUCAUGGCCAUGAAUCCCAGUGCCAACAUGUGGAGAACCAACAGCUAUUACAAGGGCAGCAGCUCCAUCCAGUCUCCCUCUUCCCUGCAGCGCGACGGUUUUGACCUGGUUCGAGCCAAGACCAUGUUUUACCCUUCCAACAGGAGUGCGCUGACCACUCGGUACACGCCGGACGACUGGUACAAAUCCAACCACAACAACUACAGGGAGUCUGAGUCCUCCCGGAAAAGUGCGGAGCGGCUGAGGAAAGACACCGUCAGGCUGAUGCAGGAUAAAGAGCAGCUCACCAGACGCUCUCAAGAGAAUACGAGCAAGAACAUUGCCGAGAGGGUGAACGACAUCGUCUUCUGGAGGUCUGAGCUCAGCCACGAGAUUGACAACAUGGUGACAGAGAUAGCGGCACUCACCGAGGUAAAGAGGAGGCUGGAGAGGGCCUUGGCUGAGACUGAGGGCCCCCUUCAGGUUUCUCAAGAGUGUUUGUACCACAGAGAGAAGCGGAUGUCUAUUGAUUUGGUACACGACGAGGUUGAAAAAGACCUCAUAAAGGAAGUAGAAGUCAUAAAGUCGUGUCAGGAGAAGAUGAGGCGCCAUCUGGAGAGAGCCAUCGCACAGCUGGCGUCGAAUCGAGCAGCCCAGCAUGAGCUGGAAAAGGACAUGAGUGACAAAGUGACAGCACAGAGGAUCGAUGACCGGUGUCACUAUUUGAGGAACACAUCAGACGGUAUCGGCUACCACAGAGGGAUUGACAGAAUAGACCAUUCCGUCUCUUUGCCAGACUCAUGGUCCAAGUUCACCGAUGACAACAUCCUGCUCUCCCAGAGCCAAAGGGCUGCCUCCCAUAAGCUCAGGGACGAGAUCGAAAUUUUGCUAAACACCACAUCCAACGAGAUGUGGAGCCAGUUCAACAAUGUCAACGUUGCCUUCACAGGCCGCAUAUCAGAAACCGGGGAUGCCAAAAACAGCCUGCAGGCACACCUGGCUAAGACUCUGCAAGAACUCUUUCAGACUGAGAUGCUGAUUGAGUCGCUGAAAAAAGCCAUCAGAGACAAAGAGAGUCCGCUGAAAGUGGCUCAGACUCGGCUGGAGGAGAGGACUCGUAGGCCUAAUGUAGAGCUUUGCAGGGACAACCCACACCACAGACUUGUAAGCGAGGUGAUGGAAAUUGAGGACACCAUCCACAAACUUCAGGAGAGGCUGAUGGAGGCAGAGAGCACUCUGCAGACUCUGGUCAAGACCAAAGUUACCCUGGAGCACGACCUAUCCAUCAAAGCCAACUCUCUCUUCCUGGACCAAGAGAAGUGCAUGAGCCUGCGCAAGAGCUUUCCCAGCAUGCCCCGUCUAGUCGGCUACACCUAAACUGAAACAUUUCAAAUAGACCCUCGCAGGACCUGUUGUGUGCAGUUCAGAUUGAAAUUAUUCAUAAAGACGGUACUCAUAGAGACAUGUGCAUCUUUCAGUGUGGUUUUAGUAACUAAUUGAUGUCUAAGUAACUGAUGAUGACCAAAAAGUAGCUGAAUUUGAUAUAUAGUACUUGUGCGGUUGUUUGAUUUUGAAUACUGCAUUUUCAGAGAGACAAAAUUAACUGUUCCGCUUCUUAUGUUCGUUUUUAUUACCAUUAACAGAGUCUCUUGAAAUAAGUUGAAACUCCGAGACAGUUCAAGUAAUGCAGAUCCAGUAAAGAAUCUGUGGAAAGAUCUUAAGAUAUGAGUGAUAGACAGAGUUGUAAUUGAAAUCAAUCAGUCAUAGUUUUAAACACAUGCUCUAUUGUAUUGGCCUAUUAAAAGAGACACACUUAAGUGUACUAAAUGGGCUUGGUAUGUUAGAUACAACCUGAAGCAAAAGCAGUUUCAGCAGGGACUGGGUUAAAUUAAUAGGUUUGGAUAGUAGUAAAUAUAUAAUGGUUGACAAAUCAGCGAGCGUCAGUGAGGAGAUAUUCUCUGUCUGGACCUUACCUCUUUUACUGUGUCAUUCACAUGUAACCAAUGCUAAUUUGCUAGGUACUGGCUUCCUGUGUGUUAAAAAACUUGUCUGUAUUAAAAACCAAUCACA